GAUCUGCAUAUAAACUCUCAGUCAAUAAAGAUUUUUAAACUUAAGGGUUGACGGGACGAAAAGAAGCAUGGCAUCUUUGGGGCUGCAAAUUUUAGGAAUUGGCCUGUCGUUUGUUGGGAUGCUGGGGUCUAUCAUAACCUGCGUCCUCCCUAUGUGGAAGAACACAGCUUUCAUCGGCGCCAACAUUGUGACAGCGCAGACCAUUUGGGAGGGACUGUGGAUGAACUGUGUUGUUCAGAGCACUGGGCACAUGCAGUGCAAAGUGUACGAUUCAUUGCUCAUUCUGCCCCAAGACCUGCAAGCCGCCCGUGCUUUGCUUGUCCUCUCCAUCGUGUUCUCUUUUAUUGGCUUUCUACUAGCAAUUGUAGGAGGGAAAUGCACCAACUGCAUUGGGAACAAAACCGACAAAGCAAGAGUUGUCAUAUCUGCAGGGGUGUUUUUCAUCAUCAGUGGACUGCUGUGUCUCACACCCGUCUGUUGGUCGGCGCACACCAUUUUCUGGGAUUUCUACAACCCGCUCUUGGCGGACGCGCAGAGACGGGAACUCGGGGCCAUGGCAUCUUUAGGACUGCAGAUUUUAGGAGUUGCCCUGUCGUUUGUUGGGAUGCUGGGGUCUAUCAUAACCUGCGUCCUCCCUAUGUGGAGGGUCACAGCUUUUAUCGGCAACAACAUCGUGACAGCGCAGAUCAUUUGGGAAGGACUGUGGAUGGUCUGUGUGGUUCAGAGCACGGGACACAUGCAGUGCAAAGUGUACGAUUCAUUACUCGCCCUGUCCCCGGACCUGCAAGCCGCCCGCGCUUUGCUCGUCAUCUCCAUCGUGCUCUCUAUUAUCGGCAUUCUCCUGGCGGUCGUAGGAGGGAAAUGCACCACCUGCAUCGAGAACAAAACCGACAAAGCAAGAGUUGUCAUAUCUGCAGGGGUGUUUUUCAUCAUCAGUGGACUGCUGUGUCUCACACCCGUCUGCUGGUCGGCGCACACCAUUAUCCGGGAUUUCUACAACCCGCUUUUGGCGGACGCGCAGAGACGGGAACUCGGGGCGUCGCUCUACAUGGGCUGGGGUGCCGCGGGGCUGCUGCUCACCGGGGGCGCGAUACUGUGCUGCCAGUGCCCGCAGAAAGAAGAACCAGCAUUUGUCCCCAAAUACCAGCCACCGAAAUCAAACACCUCGGAAAAAGAAUAUGUAUGAAGAACAUACACAUUCUUUUGUCCAAGUUUGCUUUUCAUUUGUGUUGUAGACAAGUUUUCUAUAAUGAACAUAAAAUGUUACAUUUUUGACAGUAUGGACUAUUAAUCCAGUGGUUUAAAUAAGACCUAUGUGAAUGUACAUGUCUAGACAGUUUUAAUAUAGAACAUUUUUUAUUUUGUAAAAUUACCUAUUGCUAAUAAGUACAUAUAGUUAAUUAAUUAAUGGUCAUAUCACGUUUUUUUUAUGUUGUUGUAAGAAUGCAGUAUUAAUACUACAAAUGCAGUACUAUUAAAACAAAAUAACUAACUUUUCAAUGAUUAACAAGUUUUUGUUCAUUUAUGUGUUAUGUGCAAAAUAUGACUGUCCAGAAAAAGUUUGUGUAUGUGUGUAUUUAUAUAUACACAAUUAAUAUACACAGUACUCACACACAUUUUAUGCAAACACAAACUUUUAAUUGCGAUUAAUAGUUUGGCAGACCUAAAAUAAAUAAAUAGAUAUCCCACCUAGACCAUGAUGCCUUGGUGUAAAGGCCUUGAAGGUUUUAUUUUUUUAAUUUAUUUAUUUUUCUUUGAAAAAUCUUUGAAAAUGCUUUUCCAUGCAUGUAAACUUGCAUGCAGGGAAAUUGUACACCACUUCAUGACAUAAUAUAAAUGUAUAAAUAAAAUAUAUAAAUAUAUAUAUAAAA